GUUUCCGGUACAUCUUAAUCGAAAAUGUCGAAUAUCAAAUAUACCAAAGAUUUCUUUUUAUGGUGCAUGUCAGUUAUUUACCUGUUUGCCUUUUCUUCAUUAUAUGUGCAAAUACCAGGGUUGUAUGGAGACAAUGGUUUGCUGCCAGCACGAAAUGCCUUGAAAAUGGAGGCGAACUCAUGGCAGGAGCUGCUGGAAGGUCAGCCGAGCCUCCUCAAACUGACCCCCAAACUGGGGCUCGACAUGCAGACCGCCAUGGACCUGCUCUGUCUGGGCGGCAUUCUCAUCUCGUUCUUCUGCAUGGUGUCUCAACGGGCACGUGAUGUCGUGUCCUUCACCUUGCUGUGGAUGCUCUAUCUCUCCCUGUAUCAGGUUGGUCAGACCUUUUUGUGGUUUCAGUGGGACAUUCUUCUGCUAGAGGUUGGGUUUUUGACUUUGCUGAUCGCUCCGUUUAACUUCAACCUGCUGCAGAGGACCCGCGUCCCCACACACCACCAACACGACACCAUCAACAUGUGGCUCGUCAAGUGGCUCCUCUUUCGACUCAUGUUCGCGUCGGGUGUCGUCAAGCUCACAAGCAGGUGCCCCACCUGGUGGGGACUUACAGCUCUCACCCAUCACUUUGAAUCUCAGUGUAUCCCGACCCCUUUGGCGUGGUACUGGCACCAGUUCCCCACCUGGUUCCUGAAGAUGUCGUGUGUUCUGACCUACGUGCUGGAAAUUCCCAUUCCCUUUCUCUUCUUCAUACCCAUCAGGUCUCUCAAGAUCUUCGCAUUCUACUCUCAGGUUGUGCUUCAAGUGCUCAUCAUUCUGACUGGCAACUACAACUUCUUCAACCUGCUCACCAUUGUGUUGUGUGUUUCUCUCCUUGACGAUGGAUUCUUCAAGUCAAAAUCAGCUACAAAGAAGAGCUUGCCUUGGUCUGGUGUUAAGACGGUGGCGGAGAUCAUCACUCCAUUGGUCGUCCUUGGUUACAUAGGAUACCAGACAGUGAAGUACUUCAACCUCCAGCUAAACCCGGAUUUCUCUAUCAAGUCCAGUAUAGCCUUCACAGAGCCAGAGUUUACAAAGUUCCUUCAGUUUGUUCUACCCAUUACCAUUUUGAUGGGAAUUGCAACUCUAGGCUAUGAAAUUGUGAUUGCCAUCAUCAGAUCGUGUAUGGAGGAGGAGGGUGUGCUGCGUAAGAGUGUGUCUGUAAUUCAGUGCCUUAUAUUCGGCUCUCUGGCUGUCAGCAUGUUCGCCAUCAGUCUGGUGCCGCACACCAUGGUAGAAAUGAAUGCCCACCGCGCGGUAUGGCCCAGCGUACGUUCGUGGCACGACAAACUCGAACCGUUUCAGAUCACUAAUUCCUAUGGCUUGUUUAGAUCAAUGACGGGGAUCGGAGGUCGUCCGGAGGUGGUGAUUGAAGGCAGCAACCACAAGGAUGCUGGAUGGAAGGAGUAUGAGUUCCUCUACAAGCCUGGAAGUGUGAAGAGAAAGCUUCCAGUUCUAGCUCCACACCAGCCUCGCUUGGACUGGCAGAUGUGGUUUGCGGCUCUAGGGAACUACCAGAACAACCCCUGGUUCCUGAAUCUCGUGUACCGCCUUCUGAACAAUGAGAAAGAUGUCCUCGACCUCAUAGAGAGAAACCCGUUCCCAGACAAACCUCCCAAGUUCAUCCGUGCAAUACUGUAUCACUACCACUUCACUAGCAGUGACCCCAAGAGUAACAGAUACUCCACGACCAACUGGUGGAUACGCAAGAAGAAAGCUGAAUAUUUACCUAUUUUGAGCAAAGAUGAAGAAACUUUAAAGCAAUAUGUUCAACAGUCAAAUCUUGUUAUGAAAUCCAAGAAGAUGCCCAGUUCCAUGUUGGGAUCAGCCAUUCAGUGGUUACGACAUCAAAUCGGACAGCCAGAGGGCUUCAAGUUUGUCAUGUCGGUUUUCGCCUCCGGGAUGGCAGUUAACAUGUUGAAUCACUAUCUGUUUUAAAACAUACGGUCUUUGGGGGAGGAGUGGGAGAACAGAUACUGAAUGAAACAUAGGUGCUGAACAUUUUAAAAUUGAUUGACAACCAAUUUCAUUUAACUAGCCGUGUUGUUUUUACUGUUUUGUGUUCAAAAGUGUGAAUCAUAUCUCAAGGAUCGUGUUAUCGUUAUUCCUUGUUGUAGAGCUCUGACAUGUGUUUAUAAUACAUGCAUGUCUUAAUAUUAAUCAUGUGUAUGGUAGUGAUGUAGUAGACUUGUUUAGUGUUAGAAAGAGGUUUUCUUACAAUAAUACAAGCAUUGCAGGGUUGUGUUUUAUGUUUUCAACUAAGCACUGAGAGUGAAAAUUUCCACUAAUGCUUCUGUAAUUUGCGUGGUCAUUUGUCUUAAUUCUUGCAGUAACAUUCAAAAAUGAUUUUUCUAAGAUCCUAUUUCAUAAGUAUAAGUGAUUUUUCUAAGAUCCUAUUUCUUAAGUAUAGCUUAUUAACGGAAGAUUCUCUUACAUCGAGUCUGUUUUGACAAAAUAGGUUGUUUUUUGGGGUUUUUUUUUCAAUUUAAUGCUGAUUAAUACUCAUCGUCAUGUCAAUUCUGUUUUAUAUCUAUUUGCGUUGGUGAAUUACCAGGUGAUGUAGCUGCUGUCGGAAAACGUUUGAGACAGAACAUGGAAUUCCAGGGUGCUUCUGUUGUAUAUUUUAGGUCUAGUCAUUGUUAAAACUUUUCUUAUACUUUUCUGUUAGGUUUCUCUGUAAUAUUCCAUACUUUUCUUUGUCUUUCUUUGUUUUUCUGUGUAGUUCUCCGUCUGUACUUCUCUGUACUGUUGGUGCUUCUCUGUUUGGUCCUUGUUGUACUUCUCCGGUUUUACAGCGUAAUUUUCUGUUGUACGUCUCUGGUUUUUUAUUUGCACUUUUCUCUUUGUACGUCUGUGCAUUUCUCAGUAUUUCUCUGUACAUCUUUUUAUCUCUGUUUGUACUUGUGUUCAUACUGGUUUAUGUUUAUACUUCUGUAUACUUCUCUGUAUGUAUAUCUGUACUUCUCUGUACUUUACUGUACUUCUGUCUGUACUUUUGGUAAUAUUUUGCUGUUCUUAAGUAUGUAUACUAUGGUCUUCUCUGUUCGCCGUCUUUUAAAACCAGAUCUCAUUUUACAAAGCUAAUAGUCCUUGCCACAUAUUAAACAUAUCACAAUGUUAGUACGUGCUCUGUUUGUGAAAUAGUGCUUUGUUGGACAGCCAUGGUUAAACAGCAUUUCUCAGUCCUCAGUAACAUGAACUGGUUUAAUGUGGACGCUAACAAUAACAAGAAUGUAUUUAAUAUAUACAUUGUCUAUAUAUAUAUAUAUAUAUAUAUAUAUAUAUAUAUAUGAAUCUUUCGACUUGUUUUUGAUCUAACCAGCAUGCUCAGUUUCCAUGCAUUAGUAAUGUAGGAUUAGAAGGGUCUAUGACAAAAUGUUGUCAAUGCCUUUACCUCGACUCGCCCCACCACAAAUGUAAAAGCAGAGGAGCCCCUCCCACAAAUGACAUGAAUACUGUCAACAGAUUAAAGGGAUGUUACCAAUAAAUUGCUUUAUAUUUCAGCCAUAGGCAUUUAUCAAAAUAUAAAUACUGUGUCGAAUGAAUAUGUUGUUUAAUAAAGACAUACAUGUGUAGCUAAAAAUAGUUAUUUAUUGGUGGGUGUUUUGUGGUUUUUUUUUAAAUCCCAGUUGAUAUGAUCUGUAGUAUAAAAGAGUGUUGUUUGCUAUGUAGGGUACGGCUAAUGGUUCCUCUAACCUGUUCCUGCCUCUUACAUGUUUGCCAACACCAAACAUAUUGGUCUGCCAGUGAUCUGGGCCCCGUUCCACGAAAGAAUUGUAGCUAAGGUUAAUUGAAGUGACUUACAGUGAGUUUUACAGCUGGCACCGUAAACUUUACAGCUGUUCCACAAAGCACCCUUACGGUAGUCGUAAGUGUCCCUUUAAUGAUUAAAAUAUUCUUUACGAAGAAGUACGAAUUAGUUAAAUAAUGAAUUGGUUACCGACUUUUCGGAACAUCUUGGAUGUAUUCAUUGGUAUCGGACAUCCAUGAAGUAACUUUGUCAGUUUAUUUUUUAAGUGAUAAUUGAUGAAUGAGAGUUAUCUCCUGUAUUUUCGUGUGACAGUCAUAUGGCCUAGAAUGUUUUUCAUCGAAUGCCAAGUUUUAUAAAAGGUAUUUGGUAUAUAUUAUAUCCAUUUUUAUACAAAAAGUUAGUAUCCUUCUUAGAAAAUGACCAAAUCAUCAUUUAACUGCCAUUUGACAGCUACGUUAGUGGCUUACAACUGCCUCGUACCUAUUGUAAAUUUUCACAAUAAUUUAUGAUGGUAGUAAGCAACGCAGCAUCGUGGAACGGGCUGGCGAUCGUAGAACAAAGUUAAGGAGGCGAUAGGUAUUUACAGCGAUAGUGGUGCUAAGAUCACUUCAUGGAACCGGGCCCAGGGGCCUAAUAAUUCACAAAGGUCUCUUAGGCUCUGUUAGACAACAAAGCAUCCUGUUUGUAAGUCUUUUAGCAUUGCACUGGGAGAUCGCAAAGUUGCGAGAGUUUAGUGAAUUAGGCCUCAGGUCUGGGCCCAGAUUUUAAAAGCUAUCUUAGCGCUAUGAUAUCGUAAACCCGUUGUAGGGUAUGGCAAGCGAUGUUGUGACAUCAUAGCUUACGACAGUUUUACGAUAUCGUAGUGCUAAGAUAGCUUCCAUAAUCUGUAGCCAGGACUGCAUUUGAUGACAAUUCUUUCUUACCAGUGUUCUCACUCCCCUGGAAACGUUUAAGAGAGUGGCAUAAUAAUCACCUUGUAAUACAGAAUUUAAUACAUUUUAUUCAACACUUCAUGUGAUUGCUCCCCAGCAUCAUUUUAGGAGAGUGAUCUUCAGGUUGACUUCAUUUUGCUAAUGGUAAAGACUGCUUACUGUCCAGACUCAAACAUAGUAGACUCUAUAACUAGUAGACUCUGUAACUAGUAGACUAUAACUAGUAGACACUAUAACUAGUAGACUAACUACUAGACUGUAACUAGUAGACUCUAUAACUAGUAUACUAUAACUAGUAGACUCUGUAACUCAUUAGCUGGUGUAGUCUGCAAGUGGACACUAUGUUAAAUGUGAGCCCAGGUCCAAGUGUUGUUAAAAAAGAAGACAGGAAUAAAAAUUAUCUGUAAAAAUUUGUAGCUUAAUUUAUUUGAAUCAGUUCUGUUAAGCUUCACCUCAAGACUCAUCUUGGAAACCCAUGGUGUGAACACCUGUCCUUUUCAUUUUGUACAAUUUAUUUUGAAUUGUGUACAUCUGAGCCACGUUCCACGAAGCGAUCUUAGCACUAAGAUCACCUUAAAUGCACAUGUUAUCAGUGCAGUUACGGUGAUCUUAGGGCUAAGAUCGCUUCGUGGAACAGGGCCCAGAUUUUUGAGGAUACCUAAAAAAAUAAAUGUCUUCCACUCUGUAUACAGUAUCUAUGAUUAACUCAUUUUUAUUGCCUACUGGCAUGUGAAAUUUCUCUCGCUUGCUUAUUUAUUGGUCAGCAUAAAGUAAAUGUUAAAUUAGCAAGGUCAAAAAAUGCUUCCGUUUAAAGAAUAAAACAGUUCAUGAGUGCCUUGUUGUUAUUUUGUAAAAAUUACUAUAACAGGUGCAGGAGAAAGGAAAACUGUUAAAUAUUGAAGAUCUUUUUAUGUAAUUGUUUUGUCGCAUGUAAUUAUUUUACCUGUUUUUAUAACUAGUGUGAUAUCAAGAGGCGUCAUUCACUUCUGUUAGCCAGUUAGUUCAUAACCUACUGUGCAAUAAAUAAUAACCAUAUAUGUAAUAUUUGCAAAGCUUUCACACAUGGCAAUUUAUACUUUAGGUUUUUUUAAAAUGGUAUUUCUUUUUUCUUUUUUUGACACAGCUGUGUUCUAAUAGUAAGUACAUUAUUAGUCAGUGUUAUACAAAAUGUACGAAACUUGUUUCAGAUUUGUUUUAUGAACUAGUUGAUAAACUAAUUGUAUGUAUUUCAUAUGUUAAGUAUAUUUUUAAAUUAUACCCAGAAAAAAAGGUUCGAAUUCAUUAGAUGUUAAGACUAUUUUGGGUAUAAUGUAUCAGUGUGUUAGUUAAGUCUCAGGUUGUUACCUUAGUCUGCUGUUUGUCGUAUCAUUAUUAUAAACACUGACACCAUUCAGGUACCAUGCCAGUAAAUGGAUGUUCUCAUAUUACGAUGACUUGUAGUAGCAACUCUAAUCGUAUCCUCAUAAGAUUCUGUGAUGUCACACAAAUUUCAUCAGUUGAAACAUAUUUUGUGGGAAAUUUUAAGCUCAUACAUAUUUCCAUUGAAAUAAACAAAAUAUAAAUGUACAAAAUUUACUUAUGUUGUGUAAUUAAACACUUAUUGAUUACAUGCUGCUAAGGGACAGAACUCUUGAUAGAUUGUAUUUUAAUGUGAUUUGAUUCACCAAGAACUUGCAAUUUAUAGUAGAGAAUACAACAUGAUGUAAUCGCUAUGAUGUCAUCAUGGCUUGUAGUACCUACAAAAGUAAUUAAUGAUUAUAAUUUUCGAGUUUACAUAAUGAUUCAAGUCUUAUUACAAGUAUACAAAAAUCCAAAUGUGACAACAUCUUCAUACUGAGAUAAGAUUGGUGGACAAAUUGUGGAGUGGAAUGCUACCAUGUUGUUGCAUAACACUAACAAAGCAUCCAUUAACUGGUUCGGUGAUGAUUAGCUGACCACAAGACAGUGGAGGUGGAGGUAACUCUUACAUAGUUUUUAGUGUCUCAUAACUCGAUAGGAGUGGCCUGUGUACUUUUACUACUGUAUUAUUACUGUUGAAUUCUUUCUAUUUUAAUGUGUACACAAGGUGAGACCUAAAUAAAGAAUUUCUCUGUCCGUCUGUUUGUCUGUCUACAUCAUUGUGGAUAAUAUGUCUAUUAAAUAUGGUGAGACAUGGAUAUGACAAUUGUGAUGUUCUCUGUUGGAGUAAUCGCAAAGCAGUCUGAGUUUUUAUCACAGUGCUUCCAAAUAGAGCUGGGCGGUAUACCGUAUAUACCAUUCGAUAUCGGUAUUAUGUCAGUACCAAUUUACUGUACUGAGCAAAUUUCAAAAUGCAGAAAUUUUGGUAUUCAAAAAUAUUUUCCGGCAUUUAUUGAAGCACUAAUAAGAUAUCUGACGAAUGCAAAAUGGGUUGGUAUAAAUCAGACGAGAGCCUUGUAUAUGGAAUUUAAUUGUAUUUAGAUAAAAUUAGGGGGUACGCCUUAUCUCAAGCAUGCAUUUAAAGCCGAGUAUACCGAAAAUAGCGCUCGAUAUCUGUAUUAUGUCGAUACCAAAUACUGUAUAGAUACCGAGGUAAAUCACCCAAAAAAUACUGAUAUCGAUACCGAGCCUCAAAUUUCAAUACCGCCCAGCUCUACUUUCAAAUGGAAUAGUCCCAGUUAACACCAUACUCAAAAAUAUUAUUGAAAUGUGAGCUGUGUGCAGUGUUAAAUUUUGCACAUUUUUCUUUUACAUUUAUAUAUAUAUAUAUAUAUUGACUAUUUAAUUUACGUACACAUAUCAAACAUUCAUUACAGCAUAAUAUGAGCUUUAGUGCCACUCUGCAGAUCUAGAUUUAAAACUUGUCAAUUACUUGCACAUUAAUCCGUUACAGGAUUUCUUGUAAUGUGGAUAUUUAUCCAUAUUUUGUAUACUAGUAAUCUGUGAAGUAUAUUUGAUCUAGAUGUAUCCAUUUAAAAUUUAUUCCGUGCACCUAUAUCUCUUCUUGUCUUUGAGUAUUAUAAGAAUUUUGAAGUUAUAUAGAUACAGAAGGCAUUUGUACUUGUUUAUAAAUUGUAUAUGUUUAUGUUUAAAACAAGUGAACUUUUAGAACCCAGUUUGUUAAAAAUUAAAAUCUGUUAUCUGAAGAAACGUAGCUGACAUCAAAUAAUAUUUUGCUGUGUGAAAAAUGCUGUAUUGUUUAUUGCAUUCAUUUUACAAAGGUUUGGAUUUCAGAAAAUAAUGGAAUCUUUUCUUCUUUUUUAACCACUUUUUUUCUUCUUCAAAGUUUGUGAGAUAAAUGACUGUGGUUAAGUCCAUUCACAGGAAACUGGUUGUCUGCAUGCGUUGCCAGUAAUACGGCUUCUCAGAAACUAAGUUACUGAGAUUUUGCAUGCUAGUAACAAUUACUAAUAAAAUAUUGGCCUGGGCCGCAUACCUUAGUUGUUGGUUUUUCUGUCUUAAAAAAAAAAAUAUUGAAAAUUGAUGGCACUUUGACAUUUUAAACAAGCACUUUACAUCAUUUCACUCACUAGACUGCAUUUCAUAAAAGAAAACAAAAGGACAACAAUGAAUGUCACGUAAAUGCAGGAACGUUUUAAUAAUCGAUACAUGUUUGAGUACACUUGGUUUGUUUUUUAAUGUUUAUCGCCUUAGAAUAAUAUCCAUUUCAGUCAAUAAAGCUUUGUUUACAGAU